AUGCUCGCGGAAGAAGUGCACAUGAAGAAGGUGCGCUGGUCGUUCAUCCUCAAGCACUACGGCAAGAGCCUCCUCGGCACGGCCGGCACGUGGUUCCUCUUUGACAUUGUGUUUUACGCGCAAAACCUCUUUUCGGCGUCGAUUCUCUCGGUGAUUGGCGCCAACUCGACGCUCAAGACGAUCGCGCUCCAGAACGUGUUGAUCUCGGCCGUGGCGCUGCCGGGGUACUACGUUGCAUGCUUCUUCAUCAACAAGAUGGGCCGCAAGCUCAUCAUGCUCCAGGGUCUCACGUGGAUGACCAUCAUCUUCCUCGUACUGGCGAUCUGGUGGGACUCGAUCAAGGGCCAGAGCGCGCUCUUCAUCAUUCUCUUUGGCUUGACGCUCUUCUUCUCCAACUUUGGCCCCAACAUGUCGACGUUCGUCAUGCCCACGGAGAUGUACCCGACAGCCAUCAAGAGCUCGUGUCACGGCUUCUCGGCGGCUAUGGGCAAGGCAGGCGCCGCCAUUGGCUCGUAUGGCUUUGCGCACUGGGUGAAGGCGCCCGGCUUUGGCUACGUUGGCACGUGGUACACGUUUGCGGGCAUUUGCUUGUUGACGCUUCUCCUCACGUGGUUCUGCAUGUUUGACAACAACGAUGGCGACAUGUCCAACAUUGACAACGAGUUCAAGGCCAAGCUUGCGCUCGAGACGAACGAGACGCGGCAGUCAUUUGUUGCGGGCGACGAGCACGAGUUUGACAAGGACGUGGGAUAUGUCAAGGCCUAGUUGGUGUAAUGGCAUCAAUCCAAUGAUUGUUAUUUUGUAC